UUGUCCGACAGACGAGGAGGUAAAUAUCAAGAGUAAUAAUGACCGCGCCGCUCCAGGACAAAACUGCUCAGAGCAACUCUUCGUCUCAUUACUGUUUCUCAUUUUGAAUUCUCUCCGUCUCCUAAGAAAACUUGCUCUCUUCUGCUCUCUGUUCUCCUUCGACCUCUUCUGCUUAUUCAUCCUUAUUGUGUUUCAGGUACGCUUUCUUAUUCCUCCAUGGAAGGUUCUAAACUUCCCGAUGUUUCUAAUCUUGAGUCAAACAUUACUCCCUCUACCAUAACUAAGUAUAUUUCUCGGAGAUAUUUAGAUACUCCGCUUUACUAUAUUCGAGCUCCUCUGCAAAAUGAGAGGAUAGUUCUUCCAAACCCUUCCCCUUCCGGUUUGAUAGAUCCCCAGAAGGGUCGUAGCUUAGUCUUCUUCCUUAAGCAGAGGGACUUCAGUAUGACUUUCCCUUUUACCCCUUUCUUCAUCGAGGUUUUCCAAUACUUCGGGAUAACCCCCCGGAUGUUGUCUCCAAAUUCUAUUUUGUUCAUGUCUUGUUUUGAAUCUAUCUGCUUGAGUUGGGGUUUUACACCCACGGCGUGUCUAUUCGUCACUUUCUUCUGUCUCGUUAGGGCGAUUCAGAAUUUUUACUAUUUUGCCCUCCGUGGUGGAUUGUCUCUUUUCAAGGGCUACAAGGACUCAAUAAAGGGAUGGGUAGAGAGUUUCCUUGUGGCAGAGCUGAGAAAAGAGACUGACUUGUCGUGGGGAGUGGGGCUAGACUGGGAGGAUGUCCCCCUGGGCUGCAACGACCUGCCCCAACUAAGCCUUACCGAGCAGGUGGGGUAUCUUCGACUGACUUCUGUUGACAAGAAGUAUGACGUCGGGAAGUGUAUGUUCGUGUCUAAUCUUAGGGAUAUUCGAGAUACGGGUAUAGUGCUUUGUCCAGCAGUUCUGUUUUUUUCUCGUAACUGGUAUUAGAAAAUACGCUAACUUUUUCUGGUUUUGUGUUUUUUGGCAGCUUCUGACGUCAAGAUGGACCAGAUCAAGCCCCCAAAGAACUUAGUUCUAUCCCGGGAGAGCAUGAACGCCGCCUUAGACGCCCUUCGGGCUGGACGCCACAUGUCUGAGGCCGCUGAAGAAGUGGCUCAGAUUGUUUCUUCUAGGAAGGUUAGCCGACCUCCUGCCAGAGCUUCCUCUCGAGCUCCUAAGCCGAGCUCCCGCGGUGCCGGAUCCUCUCAGCCAU